AGAGAGACCAUUCACUCCAACUACAGUAACUUUCUGCCAUUAAUCAUGCAAUGUAAGGCCUAGUGGAUUAUAGAUUCAAUGACCUAUAUCUGUUUUCCCAUGUAACACGUUGAGUUGGAUGAUAAGCAAUGUAUGAUCUUGCAGCUUUGCCUCAGGCAGUAGUGACCCUGGAUGAAGGAUGGAUGGGGGUCUUCAUCACUAAAGGCACUCUAGCAAUGAGGUGUGAGCUUCAGGGCUUUACUUCUGCUGACUGGAACUACACAUGGUACAGCGACGGAACACAGAUCUCACUAAACCACACUGGAGAGAGGCACACAGUGGGAUUCUGGGAUAGCUCCUCUGAUGGUGAAUAUAGAUGUAGUGGGAACAGGACAGACAGACCGUACUACUCCCUCAUCAGUGAAGGCUUCAUGCCAAGCAAUAUCAGGCUGUACUUUAUUGUGGCUCUUACUGGUUCUGUCAUAAUUUUCAUAACCCUGGUCGUACUGGCAGUCCAAUGCUCUAAGAAAUGCAGGACAUCAGGCCGAAUUAAAAAUCAGCCGGAUGGGGGCGAGUUUUACUCCAGGGUAAAUGCAGACUACAUCAGCGCAGAUCAUGGAUUACCAGCCAAUGCUGUAUAUGAGGAAAUAGACCCUGCCACAGAAACAGAAGGUUCUGAAGCAGUUGGGAAGCACAGUUUCUAUUCAGCCGUUCAGUUAAAACCAUUAAACCAAGGUCCUACUGCAUAAUUGGACACAGGGAUCCAUAUUCACUCAGUCUUACCUUCAUAUGUGAGGGAAUAUAUUCUCGCUAUAGGUACAUGCCACUAUAUCCUACUAUAUGUUUUCAUAUCAUAUGUAUUUUAAGGUCAAUAUGUUGCACAUUAAAUAAUGAUAGUUGAACCACCCUAUUCAUUUCCUGCUCUGAUUUUAUAGUUUCCACAGUAAUCCUGUAAAAUCUCCAAUACUCAUAGGUCCUGUGUUGUGGAAAAUUGUUGUUGAAGUUGAUGAAACUUGAUGAAAAUGCAUUAAAUAAUUUAAUAAGCUUCUUAUCCAGGAGUUCUCAACCCAGGUCCUGUGGGGCUAUACUGAAUCCCCCUUUUCAUUGCUACCCAGUGCUUAAUUGAUCAGUUAAAGUAGUUGACUACACAGUUAAUCCAACUCAUGUGGUUACUUGAAUCUAAAUUGGCUCCUGAAAACAGACAAUGGCACAGCCAGGCCUGGAUUAAUGCACAGGGUCAUCCAGGCAGUAGUACAGGUUGUCCUAGUCCCGAGGCCCAUUCAUCUUAAUUCGGCCCUGGAUGCACCCUGUUGAUCAACAGGACCUGGGUUGAGAACCCCUAAUUUAAAGUAAUCAAACCUUUCGUAUUUCUGUAAUUUUGUCAAUGUUUAAGAGUUGGCAUUUGCUAACUAGUAUUCUUUUCAUGUAUUUAGAGAUAUGGUUAAAUGAAAUAGCAUUGGGACAGUGGCACACUUUUUGUCAUUUUGUCUCUGUACUCCAGCACAAUAAAAAUAUGUAAAUAUGA